CCUGUGAUCGCAACUGCUUAGCGAUCUGACGAGUGAGUCAGUGUGGAUCUGUAGACCAAAGGACACUGUCUUCCAGUCUAAUCACUGCGCUUGGUAUAGCGUUGUUGGCACAGAAAAUACAAAUACUGUCUCAAUGAAAGUUUUCAAACGCUGUAAUUUGGUAUCCAAGCUUCAUUUGUCAAAAUUGCAUUAUAUUGAUUCGAAGUCCUUGAUCAACACAUGAAUAAUCCCAAUGGGCGCUGGAAUCGUUUGGGAAGGAGCGGAAGAGAUGGUGGCGAUGGUGGUGGUCCUGCGGAGGGACCGGAGAUCUUAGUCAUCAACGAGCGCCAGUUGCGGGCCUUCAUUAUCCGGGUGUACCUAUCCUCCGUAGUGCUGUGUAUCCUCUCCUCCAUUCCGUGGAUCAUAAUUUCCGCACUCGACGUGAAAGUCAACGAGGACGUUCCUGUGCCGGCGUACGUGUGGCUCAUAUUGACCUUCAUCAUUCUCAUUGUGCUCAGCUGCAUCCGGCAGACUCCGGCACUGACCCUGCUCUGUUGGGGCUUGGUGCUGGGAUGCGUGUUCUUCAUCACCCUGUUCGGAACGUAUUUUAUGCACAUGAGGCGCGUCUGGGAGCUCUUGGCGAUCAUUUUGGUGGCCGGCAGUCUGCUGGGUCUGCUGCACUUGUACGGGGCCAAAGGUCCGGAGAUUCUGCUGCCCAACAUCCUGUGUACCUGCUGCAUUUUCCUGCUGCUCACCGUCACCCUGUUCGUGUUGGUCAUACUCUACUUGGUCAUCAAAGACUUGCGUUACCUCCUGGCCUUUGCCAUCCUGUUCGCCGUCCUGAUCCUGUUCAUGGCACCCUUCCAGGCCCGCUUCAUUUGUGGAAGGCUGCAGCAUGUGCCUUAUGGGGAGACUGCGGAUAGCGCCUUUGGCAUUUACCAGUACUUUGCUUUCCUGGUCUUUGCAAUUUUCGUCUUUGUCCUCUACUAUGAUCGCACCAAUAACAAAAACACUUAGAGUACAUACUUUGCAGAAAAGGAUUAGUGACUAUCUUAGAUAAGGAUGAAUGUGUGUUGGCUUAAAUUAAAUUAUUAACUGCUGAAA